CAGAAAACUAUAUGUAAAGAAUACAGUUCUCUCCCCUGUCAGCUCCUUCACAGAACUGGUGACCCUGCACUUUCUAUAUGCAGAGCCAUACAAAGCAGUGUGCUUACAGUGGAAAAUAAAUACACAGCACACAUAGUAAAACAGCACACAGUUAACCCUUUGAUUGCCCCAGAUGUUAACCCCUUCCUGCCUAGUGCCAUUAGUACAGUGUCCGUGCUUUUCAUUAGCACUGAUCACUGUAUUGAUGUCACUGGGGAUGUCAGUGACACCAAGCCAGUUCCCCCAGUGUCAGAAUGCCCGUCACAGUCCCAUUAUAAGUCGCCG